AUGGCGAAUCGCACUGACCCUGCGGCGAAGAGCAUCAGGGGAACGAAUCCGCAGAACCUGGUGGAGAAAAUCGUUCGCUCGAAGAUCUACCAGAACACGUACUGGAAGGAACAAUGCUUCGGAUUGACGGCGGAGACCCUCGUGGACAAGGCGAUGGAGCUCGAUCACAUCGGCGGGACGUACGGCGGCACCAGGAGACCAACUCCUUUCAUCUGCUUAAUCCUGAAGAUGCUCCAGAUUCAGCCGGAGAAGGAUAUUGUGGUCGAGUUCAUCAAGAACGACGACUACAAGUAUGUUCGUGUACUCGGCGCGUUCUACCUCCGGCUGACCGGCACAGACAUCGACGUCUACCGGUAUUUGGAGCCGCUGUACAACGACUACCGCAAGCUCAGGAUGAAAUCGGCCGACGGAAAAUUUAUCUUGACCCAUGUGGAUGAGGUGAUUGACGAGCUGCUGACGAAGGACUACGCCUGCGACAUUGCACUACCCCGUGUUAAGAAGAGAUGGACCCUAGAGUCGCAUGGUAUACUAGAACCAAGGAAGAGUGUGUUGGAAGAUGACUUUGAAGAGGAAGAAGAGAAAGAGGAGACUGAGCAGAUGGAUGCAGUGGAGAAUGGUGUCAACGAUGAGAAGGAUUAUCACCAUGGGAGAAGCCCCACGAGAGAAAGGGAUAGAGACAGAAGACGGGACAGUCAUCGCUACAGGGACCGUGACUACGAUAGGGACCGUGGGCGUGGACGAGAUAGAGACAGGGACCGCGAUAGGGACCGAGACCGUGAUAGAGACAGGGAUCGUUACCGCCUAAGAGACGAGAAGGACUACAGUCGCGAUAGGGACCACGACAGAGAAAGGGAGGGAAGGGACAGAGAGAGGCGAGACAGGGACCGUGGCAGUGGGAGGCGGAGGAGUCCAUCAAGGAGCCGGAGCAGGAGUAGAGAUCGGAAGAGGCGUCGGAGCCCCAGUCCCAGAAGGGACAGAGGAGAGGAGGCCAAGAAGAAGGAGAAGAAGAAGAGCGAGAAGAAGGAGAAGAAAGAUGACGGCACUGAUCAUCCGGAUCCUGAGAUUGCAGAGGCCAACAGGAUCCGUGCAUCUCUUGGUUUGAAACCACUGAAGUGA